CCGAUGUUGAGUUACUUUCAAUUGUAACCCUAUGUAUGAAUAAAUAUUGCAUUUUAGCCCUUGAGUAUAAGAAAGAGUGCAAAAGGCCCAUAGUGCACAGUCAAAAAAAUUCUUACUUUUUCACUACCCACUCCAUCUCCUUGUCGUGAUGUUCUCCCCACGAAGAACCUUCACUGAUUUCUUCAAUUUUUUGAUUUCUUCUACCAACAAGAUUCGAUUACAUGCCCUAAACAAACCCUUGACUUGAUUACAGUGGAAUAUGGCUUGAUUUUGGUUUGAAUUUGUAUAGAUUACUCGGCCAGUUCGUCGACCACGAUGACUCGCCGUGAUUAUGGCCAGCCGAUCGAGGAGGAAUCAACUCGGGAGUCGCCCCGACUUCCCGUGGUACACUUUUUCAAGAUUUGUGGGUCCACAGUUUAUUGGGGUUGGAUAGAACAAGUUGGAUUGUUAGAAGGUAUUAAACCAAUUUUGGUUAAAUCUUUUGAUGGGGUGCAAGGAAGAUUUAUGUGUAUGGCAUGGAAGAGGCUGUUCCAGAUCCAAGAGAUUAUCUAUAAGGAAUUGGUGAUCGAGUUUUUAGCAACGGUUUCAUUUAGAAGGAAAAUUGGUUCGCUCGAGAACGGAAAUCUUACAUUCUGUUUGGGAGGAGAAAGGCGGGACCAAAGCCUUGUCGAGUUCGCGAUGAGGACGGAGAUUUAUCUCCCGUCCGAAGUUCACACUGAAUCAUGUAUUGAGUUUAUUACAGGUUGCAUCCGAAUCGCUAAGGGAUUCAAAGAUGAUACAUAUUGGCUGACUAUUGCAAAUGACACAUACAACAAAGGGACUGCACAAGAAAGCGAGAUCCGGUCACCUCUCCAUUGCCUCCUGCACAGGAAAAGAUCGCCACGAUUCUCCUCUAUAUGGCGAGAUGUUGAUCACCCGGAUUGCACGGUCCUUUGGCAUUCUUGA